AUGGAGGUACUGAAGGGAAGGCUGAGGGUGAGGAAUAUGCUGUUUAGGGAGUUAAUGGCUGAGACCUUGGCUAUGUUCGUCCUUAUGAUGUUUGGCUGUGUGGCGAUGGCCCAGGUGAAGUUGAUUCGAGGGGCCAAGGGUGAGUACCUCUCUGUCAAUAUGGCCUUCUCAGUGGGUGUCAUGAGUGCCAUGUACAUUGCCAGGGGCGUCUCUGGUAAGUGUUGUCAUAGAUAUUUCUAACUCUCUUUCUUGGUUUUCCUCUCUCAGUCCCUCUAUCCAGAUGCUAUUAUGGACUACAGCGGUGGCGUCCUGACUGUGUACGGCCCAAAUGAAACAGCCCCCAUCUUUGCUACCUACCCAUCCGACUACCUUUCUUUAUGGGGCAGCUUCUUUGACCAGAUGGUGGACACAGGUAUGAUCAUGAUGUGCUUCCUGUCCCUGGAUGACCGGCGGAACAAGCCUGCCCMCGCUGACCUGGUGCCCCCCCUCACCACCGUGGUUCUCAUGGGGAUCUCCCAGUCCAUGUCUUCAAACUGUGGGGGAGGGAUCAACCCUGCCCAGGACCUGGGGCCACGCCUCCUCACUCUGACCGCAGGAUGGGGAGAGGUCUUCACGUGCUAUAACUACUGGUUUUGGGUCCCCAUCGUGGCCCCAAUGGUGGGGGCAGUGCUCGGCUCUGGGCUCUACCUGGUCUUCGUCCAAUGGCACUGAGAUAAAUGAAACCAAUGACUUGCAGUUCAAGACAAUGGAUAAAAAGCUGGAAAUCAUCAAAAACAACAAUGCUGUAGAGAAGGCCCACAAGUUCUAGUUGGCAUAACCUUGUCCCCAGGCUCAAUUGCUACACAGAGAGAGUGCCGGCUGGGUGGAUGCGUUUCUGCAUUGAUGAACUAUAGAGCUGGCAACCGGCACUAAUGAGAUGUCGUACAGGGGUCGGUUCACAAAUAGAGUACAUUUUGUGUAGUGUUAACUUGGUAAAUAAAAAUCAUCUAAUUU